CCGGUCAUCAACUAAAGCGCCUCGUCGCACGGCCCAGAAGCCCCAAGAACUCAUCGCGCGGUCCUCGCUCGCAAACAUGCCUGCCGCCCUGCGCGCGUCGCCCAUGCCGAGGAGACUGCUGCUGGACGGUCGCUCGCCCGCGCGCCGCACGCUGCUGCGCCACUCCACCGUCCAGCGGCGAGACGGCUCGGUCGCCCCGCUGAACAAGCUGAGAGGCUUCAUCGAGAUCGAGCGCAAGGCUCCUGCGCCAUACCGGCCCGCAGCCGACAGGCUCGCCGACUACGCAGAGAUCAACGGGCCCGCAGACCAGGCCGAGCUCACGCGCCAGUCUGCGCGGUGCAUGGACUGCGGCACGCCCUUCUGCCACACGCACACGGGCUGCCCGAUCAGCAACGUCAUCCCCGAGUUCAACCAGCAGGUCUUCGACGGCGAGUGGCGGCAGGCCUACUCCAACCUCGCCUCGACCAACAACUUCCCCGAGUUCACAGGCCGCGUCUGCCCGGCGCCCUGCGAGGGGGCCUGCGUCGCCGGCUUGGUCGACGAGAGCGUCACGAUCAAGUCGAUGGAGUACUCCAUCAUCGAGCGGGCGUGGUCCGAGGGGUGGGUGGUUGCGGCGCCGCCCGCGCGCCGCUCGGGCAAGAAGGUCGCCGUGGUUGGGUCGGGCCCUGCCGGGCUCGCCGCGGCGGACGAGCUCAACAAGAAGUACGGCCACGCGGUGACUGUGUUUGAGCGGGCGGAGCGGGCGGGGGGGCUCCUCACCUACGGCAUCCCAAACAUGAAGCUCGACAAGGAGACUGUGCAGCGCAGGGUGGACCUGAUGGAGGCGGAGGGGAUCUCCUUCGUCACCGGCGCAGAGGUCGACGCCGCCGCCAUCAGCGAGACCGUGGAGGGGUUCGACGCCACCGUCCUCGCCAUCGGGUCGACGGUGCCAAACAACCUCCCCAUCCCGGGCCGCGACCUCGACGGGAUCGUCUACGCGAUGGAGCUCCUCCUCACGCCUAGCGCACUUCGCCAACCCGCCGGCGCUGCUGCGCUCUUCGCCAACCCGCCGGCGCUGCUGACCACGGAGGUCGGGCUCACCUCCAAGUACGGCGGCGGCUUCAUCUCUGCAAAAGGCAAGCACGUCGUCGUCAUCGGCGGCGGAGACACCGGCACGGACUGCAUCGGCGCGUCGCUGCGGCACGGCUGCAAGCGCCUCCCUGGACACCUCCCAGACACGUCCUGCACACCCCUGCCAGGCACGUCGCUGCGGCACGGCUGCAAGAGCCUCCCUGGACACCUCCGAGACACGUCCUGCACACCCCUGCCAGGCACGUCGCUGCGGCACGGCUGCAAGAGCCUCCCUGGACACCUCCGAGACACGUCCUGCACACCCCUGCCAGGCACGUCGCUGCGGCACGGCUGCAAGAGCCUGAUCAACUUCGAGCUCUUCCCCGCCCCGCCCGACGAGCAGGACAAGCGCGGCGAGGCGUCCGGCAACCCGUGGCCUCUCUGGCCUCGAAGCCUGCGCGUCGGCCUGCUUGGCGCAGGAGCUGCUUCUCACCACUCGCACCUUCGCGCCGACCCGCGCACCUACUCCGUCCUCUCCAAGGAGUUCGUCUCGGACGGCGCCUCCAUUCACAGCGCGCCGGAGGCACGCCGCUGCGCCGGCCGCGUGCGCGCCGUCAAGACAGUGCAAGUUGAGGUUGGGCCGGACGGCCGGUUCGCAGAGGUGGAGGGGAGCGAGAGGGAGCACCCCGCGGACUUGGUCAUCCUCGCGAUGGGGUUCCGCCACCCGGAGCAGGAGAUCGUGCGCGCGUUGCGGCUCGAGACCGACCAGCGCUCCAACGCAAAGGCGAUCCUCUCAAGCAGCCACGCCGACAGUCGAGUAGUCCAUGAGUUGAUUCGCCCGCGCUCAAAGUCAAAGACAACCGACACCUGCGACUCAUUCACUAACGAGUUGACGCACGGACCGCCUCAAGGCGAGCACGAGCGACUACAAGACCUCCGCCCCCGGCGUCUUCGCGGCGGGCGACUGCCGGCGCGGCCAGUCGCUCGUCGUCUGGGCGAUCAACGAGGGUCGCGGCGUCGCAAAGUCGGUGGACGCGUACCUCGGAGGGAAGGGGUGGUGAGAGGGGCGAGAGGGGGGGCCUUGCAGGCGGGCGAGGCGCCCGCUCCGCAUCCGCCGCCGCCGACGGGCAUGCGGCGGCGGUGUGGCGGUGGGCGUGGCAGGGGACGAGAGCCGCACAGCGACCAGCACGAGCAGCGGGCAGCGCAUGUUAUGGUAUCGGUCGGUGAUGCGCGGGGACACCCUCACGUGACCCUGUUUUGUACGUCGUCUAUUGUUGCGCGCCCUCGGUGGAUUGGCG